AAAACAAACAUACCGGAAAAGAUUCCUUAUAGGUGCGGAUGCAAAGAUGGCGGAAGAGGAGAGCCAAUUUGAAGAAUUUGACCAAAUAGACUUUUUAAGAGAUAGACAUGUACGAUUCUUCCAGAGAACACUUCAGGUGUUACCUGAGAGAUAUGCCUCGCUGGAAACAACCAGGUUAACUAUCAUAUUUUUUGCCCUGUCUGGUCUCGAUGUGCUGGAUGCUCUGGAUGUGAUUGAUAGAAAAACUAUGAUUGAGUGGAUCUAUUCCCUGCAGGUUCUACCCACAGAGGACCAAGUUAACCUCAGUCGUUGUGGGUUUCGAGGAUCGUCACAUAUUGGAAUUCCUUACAGCACUAAGGGGCCAGGUGUGCUCCAUCCAUAUGACAGUGGCCAUGUAGCCAUGACCUACACUGGGCUGUGUUCGCUGCUAAUACUGGGAGACGACCUGAGCCGGGUUAACAAACAGGCCUGUCUGGCUGGUCUCAGAGCACUGCAGCUGGAGGACGGCAGUUUCUACGCAGUGCCAGAAGGAAGUGAAAAUGAUAUACGGUUUAUCUACUGUGCAGCCAGUAUCUGUUACAUGCUGGAUGACUGGUCAGGCAUGGACAUCCAGAAGGCCAUUGAGUACAUAAGGGGAAGUUUGUCAUACGACAAUGGGUUUGGCCAGGGAGCUGGGCGAGAGUCACAUGGUGGCUGGACGUACUGCGCCAUAGCGUCUCUGUGUCUGAUGGGUCGGCUGGAGGAGGCGCUAAGUCAGCGGGAGCUGGACAGGAUCCGGCGCUGGUGUAUCAUGAGGCAGCAGAGCGGCUUCCAAGGGCGGCCCAACAAACCUGUAGACACAUGCUACUCCUUUUGGGUGGGAGCUACGCUCGAGCUAUUAGAUGUGUUCCAGUAUACGAACUUUGACAAGAACAGAAGCUUCAUCCUGUCCACACAGGAUCGGUUGGUAGGGGGAUUUGCCAAGUGGCCGGACAGCCAUCCAGACCCUCUCCAUGCCUACUUAGGGCUGUGUGGUUUGUCUCUGAUCGGAGAGCCCAGUCUGAGGAAGGUCCACCCAGCUCUUAACAUCACCCAGAGAGCCUUUCAGCACGUCCAGCAGCUGCAGCAGACUUGGAGGGACAGCACUGGCAGCUGUAGCAGACAGCAUUGAAAGCAGGAUGUUCCACAGCUCUGUCUCUGAACAGGUUCAGUAAUCCGGAAUAUCUAACAGUAGUCAGUCAAAGGCGACUGGAAUUUUGCUCUGUGUCUUGAAGACGUUUGGCCACUCAUGUGAGAGGCCUCCUCAUUUCAGAAAUCAGGAAGGUAUUGAAGAGCCCAGUUACAUGUUAGUAACUUUGGGGAGCUUAUUUGAAGUCCAUCAAGACUGACUUUUCUGUUAAGCAAAAUACACCACACUUCUUUUUUUGCUGCCUUUUGAUUAUUAGACCGUUGUAAAUAACAAUGUGCAUUGUAGUUUGUGGAGAAAGUGAUGUGCCAGAAAGUCAAAUGUGGGUCACUGGAGACUCAAAGAAAUUCCAGAUGCCUCAAUUUUGCAAUCUUUUUCAUGAUGCAGUUUUGGAAGCUUCUUGCUCCUCGUCAUAGUCAACAACACAAUAUGCUGUAAACCUUCCUAGCCAAGGGUGAACUGACUGACUUCACAUGGACAUAAGAAACAUCCUCAAAGUUAAUUGUAUUCACUGAGACCCUGUGGAGGGCAUGGGGAACAUCUAACUUGUGUCUUCAAAUGGUUAUGGAGUAACGGGUGGCUUCAGCAGCUGACAGUUAUUAGUGGGCUGAAUAAAGUCCUGGUAUAAAAGGAAAAUUUAGCAAAUAGGUUCCUUAUUUAUGUUCACAAACCAGUAUAAUAACCAGUGGUAAUUGUAGGGGUGUAAUAUGAAGAUUGUAAAGACAAAAUUGGAUGUUUCAUUUAGACAGUAUUUUUUUGCCUCUCUGCUCCUCAAACAUCUUCGUCCUCACGUUGCUUUUGAAGCUCAUCAACGCCUCAAGCUCUCCAGUCCCAAAGGUGAUAGCAGCCUUGCGGGUAAACUCUCCCAUGUUUCUUCCAUCAGGUUCAACGUACAGGCUUUUUUCUGUGUUUGAGAGAUUUUAAUAAUGAUAGAACUGCUGGGGUGAAAUGCAUGGAAAAGGCAGCAUAGACCCAGCAACCACCCCAAGGACCAACUUUAUGACUGGAGGAAAAAAUCUAAAACUCGUUGAAAGACGAUUAAAUAAAUAAUCGUUUUGCUACAGGCCUUUUGAUUUCAGAUCACAGAUAAUAUAAUUUAGUGUUCACAUCUCUCCCGAGGCUAAAAGAAAAAAAAAAAAGAUUGGUCUUCUUUAGGGAAUUUGCUUUAAAAUAAAAAUAAAAAACAAGGUAGUAGCUGUCAAUUUUAGCAGCAGAUCCCAUCCCGACAUCCCCUGACUUCUAACCCUGGACUGAUCUGAGCUACCCUUCUUCCCCAGCUCCCAUACUCCCUGCAAGGCACCGGCCAGGCUGAAAUCAAUAGGAGAAAGAUGAGACAGUGGCCUCAAACUUGGGGAAAUGUAUUCUUGUGAACAGCACUGGGAAUUGACAUGUUAUUUUCAGAACAGAAAGGACGCAGGACAAAAAACAAAUAAUGCCCAUGAGCAGAAUGUGCCACAGAGAGUCAAGUUGCAGAAACAACAGCCAACACAUCACAUGUCUUUGAGCCCCUUGCAGCUCACACAAGCGACCUUCCAGCCUUCAUGCUCCUGAGCUGAGCUAAAAAUUAGGCAAUAAAAUUCAGAAUUGAGCUCAACUUGUUCCUUUUGCCUUCCCAUCACAUCAAUGAACGAAGCCACACCUUUUCAUUGUAAGACCACUGAUACAGCACAUGCCUGCUCCCUGAAAGUAGGCGAGUGAGGAGACGACGGUGUCGCAGUAGGUCAGAAUUACAGUGGCCUGUCCGCAAUAUGUUCUGCGGGAGGCUACUGUGCGUAGCACCAUUUCUAAUAUGAAAAUAUAAUAUCGCCUCUGUGGUUUGAAGCUGUACUUGGCCUCGUCUCGGUUCCCGCCAAGUUGCCCUCUUUUUCAGACUUAGAAAUAGAGCAGGCAGACAGAAGAAAGGAGAUAGGAAGAGAGGUGAAUAAAUAAAUGAUUUGACCCAUCUAUUAUUAAAAGUGAACUGUCAGAGGCUGGAAUCACCUCUCUGAACCCCGACCAAACCCCCAGUGUUAUAUAGCCUUAUUUUGGUGCAAAAUCAAUUUCUUUUUAGGUUUUGUUACUGUUUUGCCUAAGACAAUAGGCUUUGCUAUGGUUACUCUUGGCGAUUUAUGUCCUGU